UCCCCUCUCCCAUCCCCCGCGCUUCUCGGCUGGCCGGGCGGCCCCGGCGGCCGCGAAGAUGGGGAACACCACCUCUUGCUGCGUGUCGUCCAGCCCCAAGCUGAGGAGGAAUGCCCAUUCGCGGCUGGAGUCCUACCGCCCCGACACCGAGCUGAGCCGGGAGGAUACGGGGUGUAACCUGCAGCACAUCAGCGACAGGGAGAACAUCGACGAUCUGAACAUGGAGUUCAACCCUUCAGAUCACCCACGGGCCAGCACAAUAUUCCUCAGUAAAUCUCAAACAGAUGUGAGAGAAAAACGGAAGAGCCUCUAUAUAAAUCACCAUCCUCCUGGUCAAUUGAGAAGGAAAUAUAGUUCCUGUUCCACUAUUUUCCUGGAUGACAGCACAGUCAGUCAGCCCAACCUCAAAUAUACAAUUAAAUGUGUAGCUCUUGCAAUAUAUUACCACAUCAAAAACAGGGACACAGAUGGAAGAAUGCUCCUAGAUAUUUUUGAUGAAAACCUCCACCCCCUUUCGAAAUCCGAAGUGCCACCAGAUUAUGACAAACACGACCCAGAGCAGAAGCAGAUUUACCGCUUUGUGCGAACCUUGUUCAGUGCUGCUCAACUGACUGCCGAAUGUGCCAUUGUCACCCUGGUAUAUCUUGAAAGACUUUUAACUUACGCAGAGAUAGAUAUUUGUCCAGCAAACUGGAAACGAAUUGUGCUGGGUGCGAUUCUACUGGCAUCAAAAGUUUGGGAUGACCAGGCCGUGUGGAAUGUGGACUACUGUCAGAUCCUGAAAGAUAUCACAGUUGAGGACAUGAAUGAAUUGGAACGCCAGUUUCUUGAGUUGCUUCAGUUCAACAUCAACGUUCCCUCCAGUGUUUAUGCCAAGUAUUAUUUUGAUUUGCGAUCCCUGGCAGAAGCAAACAACCUUAGCUUUCCACUGGAGCCCCUCAGCAGGGAAAGGGCAUACAAACUUGAGGCCAUCUCUCGCUUGUGCGAAGACAAGUAUAAGGACUUCAGGAAAUCUGCAAAGAAACGAUCAGUCAGUUCGGACAAUCUGACUGUAGUUAGAUGGUCACCUGCUAUUAUCUCCUAACAGUGAAGUCUGGGAUAUUCUUCCAAAAGUACUGUUUCUAUCAUCAACUUUGGGGGGGGGGGGAGAGGGGCGGUUGUUUAGAGUUUUUUUUGUUCCUUUUUUUCCGUUCGUGGUUUUUCUUAUUUUUAGAUCUGCCUUUACAGUGCCUCCCCCGUUGUGUAGCACACAAUAAUAAAUAUAACUGGAGAGAACGCUCAAUACAUCGGAAGAACUUUGGAAGAAAAUCGGUCCUUACAUACUACCGAUCGUGUCCUUUUUUUUUGGGUGAGGAAAAGGCAAAAUGCAGACGUAUGCUUAGAAGAGGAGAAAACAGAAACCAACAAGAAUGCCAUUAAAAAAAAAUCCUCAGCAGAAACAGUGGCAUGGAAAUAAACACCGCGAGAUAAGCUUAGAAGAAGUACUAUAAGAAAAGAGUUGGAAGUGUUUCACAUUCUGUUCAGUAUCUUCUAUCGGUUUUCUGGGUUUUUGCAAUUCCUCUUUGCUAUUUCCCUGGGUUGCUUUUCCUGCUUCUACAAAGCAGCAACUAUGAAGGCAGCAUCUGCAGUAGCACAACAAAAGCCCCUGAACCAGACAGCAUUGGUUGCUUUCUCCCUCUCCUACCCCAGCACACCACUCUUUUUUCAUAUGCUGUUCUAUUAGCUUUUCUCCCUUUAAUUAUUAUUGCGUAUUUUGUUUUUGGUAAGCCUUUAUUGUAUUUUUUGGGGUGGGUGGGGGAAUGACUUGAUUUAUAGUGCUGAACCAAAAGUAUACAAGAAGAUCAGGUGAUCAUUCGUAAUUUCCUGUUUCCUUUCAUAUAUAUAUAUAUAUAUUUUAAUUUAUAGCAACCAGGUCCAUGAUGAUGCUUUUGAGCUGCAUCACGAAUACUGGUUGCUUCAUAGUAUAUGUGGCUGCAUGUGCCUUCCUACAUUCUUUGGGAUAGUUUAUUUUUCCUUACUAUAAAGUUAUGAUUGUUGGAAGGAUUCAGACGACAGUGCAACUUGCGGAAAAGGAGAUGAAACUUGUAUCGGAUGUGGUAGUCUUUUUUGAAGGUUGUUUCAUAGCAUUUAGAGAUUUAAGAGAAUUUAAGUGAGAGAGGGAGAGAGAGAGAGAGAGAGAGAGUCAGAGAAUCUCCUUUUAUGUGGUUCCAACAGUUGAUUUCCUUCCCUUCCUGGUUCAAUGUUGCAAGCAAUAGCCUCAAGUUUUUAUAUGUUUACUUCAAAUGGAAACCAAUCUGUUUGUAUAAAAUAGAAAAAUGAUAAAAAAAAAAGUUUUUUUGUUCUGUUGGGAAAAGGUCCAUGGAAGAAGAAGGAAAAAAAAACUAUAUUAAUUUUACCAAGUGUUUUGUCACAGGUUAGAUUUCAGAAUAAAAACUGUUUUUUAAAAAAUGCAUUUUUCAGUGUAGGUGCUUAUAGAAAUUUAAACAAAAUGCAAACUGUGAAGAAAAUUUUGUUGCUUAUGUUGAUUAUAUUGUAUUUUUUGUUGUUACUACUGGUUCCCAACAUUCUUUUCCUUUCCUUAAUAGGAUAAACAAGUUGAAUACUCUCUUUUUAAAAAAAUAUAGCAAAUCACAUUAUCUCUGUAAAAAUACUUGUGCUCUAUACAAGUGUCUUUGAAUUAUUUUGCACAUUUAAAAAAGAUGCCAUUUUACGAUACAUAAAACAAACAAAAUGAGCUGGAAGUGUCACGAUCAUGGAGUUCCAUGAACUCUCUCCCCAGUGCAGGAAAUGGUGAACAUAUGACACUUAGCUUCAGAUUAGACUUCCUUUAUGUGCACUACUUGAGAGAAACAUACAAAACACAUUCCACUAGGAGCUUCUCCUGCAUAAGCUCCCAUCCCAGCUGUGCAGCUAUGACCAUCUAGUGUUCAUUUCAUUGGGGGCUUGCCCAGGUCAAGUCCAUCUGAGUGCUCCUAAUCUACUCCCGUUCGUUACAGUGAUAGUUCUUUGCAGGGGACAUGCCCUUUAUACAUUCCUUUCUCUGGUCUCAUUGACCCUUAAAACCCUGAUUAUGAAUAGUUUACUUGACUGUGAGCUCCCAGCAAGACUAUUCCCCAUGCAAGGCCACAUCAUGCGCCUCUUAAUUUGGGGGAGCAGAAAUGUGCUUCCAAUUCCGGCAGUUAAAGCCCUGGAACCAAAGGGGAGUUAUGCCUCCAAACCUGAAACUUUGCUCUUCAUAUUUUCUGCAAGAGUUCCCACGACUAAGAAGGCAAACUUCUUUUCAAGCCAAACAGCUACUUGUCUCCUAAGUGGCAUGAGCUGUUACAUCAAAAAGUGCUUGGUUCUCAUCUCUUUUGACUGCAUGUUUCCUUCUUAGGAUCUCAAGGUAUGCAGGCUGGCUCUAGGCAGGCUGGUCUCCUGCUGGCCUAUAUGGCGGAUGAAAACCAGUGGUUCACAGCCAGCUUCCAGUACUGGGGAGGUUGGGGACAAUUAUUUCCUUAGGAUAGCUGCCAUGUUUCUUUCUUGGUUCUCCAGUGCCCAAUUGGAAGUGUAGGAACGGCUAUCUCGAUAUGCCCUAAAUGUGCUUAGAACCAGAGCACUAAAAGGCUUUUAUCAGAUAACAGUGCCCCUAACAAUGAUGCUAUUUGCCUUAAAAAGGGUAAUGAACAGACGAGGUUAACUAACUUUCUAACAUUUGCAACAUAACAUGAUGGUUUUGCCCACCAAUGGGAAGGAUCCAGCAGUGGCCAACUGCUGGCACUAUUUAAGUGAUGAUAUUGGAAACCAUUGCUUUUGCAACAUCAACAGUGCUCGCUAGUGCAAUGGCUUUCCCACGUGGUACAAGCAUUGGUUUCUCUGAGCACUAGCGGCUCGACAUCGUUGGAUACUUCCCUGUGUUCCGUGAUCCUUAAAACAAUUUAAUUCUCAAUCCUUUUUACUAUUGUCAUCAUUAUCGUGCCAAUAUAUCAAAACUCUGGUUGCAUCAGGACAGGGUUUUGAGGUCCCAUCCCUAUCCCUUGCCUUUUCCUUUUUCUUGAACAGAAUGUUUUUAAAGUAUCUAUAAAUUAAAAAGAGAGAGAGAGAAAACAGUGUGAGUGAAAAGGGUCUCUCUUUGAUAGCAUUGGGUUACAGCUCUUCUCCCAAGCAUAUAAAUAUGAUUUUGUUGGUUUAUCAACACUUGGUGAAAGAAUUUUUGGCCUGACUUUUCUAGCAUUGUUGUUCAGUUUAGGGUGCAGGUAGGGGAAAUACAAAAAGAGAUGAAGGUUUGCAUUAUGUAAAGUUCUCAAUGCAUCUACUAUAAUUUUGUGAGGUUUAUUAAACAACUUUAAAGAUUGUAUAGUCUAUUUAUUGUAUGUAUGUACAUACAGUCUGAUACUUAAAAUUUCAAGUGGAUUCCGUAAAACCUGGCUCAGUCUUGUUUAGACUAUUGGAUAUCGUUUUAGCCUUGUGCACUGGAUUCUACCUCUGUAUAGGAGAAUUUUCCAUAUUCUUCAAUUAGUACUGAUUCUGUGAUUUAACUUGGUUAUGUUUCUUGCACUAAAAAUUAAAAAAAGAAAUCUGCUGUUAAA